GCAGGCUGAAGCUUGCUACACAGGGACACACCCUCUCUGCACUUCAUACCCUGCACAUUCUUUGCAGACACAAACAAAAGACGAGAGACGGACAAGCAGAUCUCAGACAUGGCAGAAAAAGAGUCGUUAUCUGUUGGUAAUGAACAGUCUACAAUGGCACAGUUGGUGCAGAGUGGUCUCACAGCGCCCUCUGCAGGCGCCCACAGCGUACUGCAGGACAGACUGAGCCUCACUCCCUUGGAGUCAAACCGCGACAGGCCUGUUCAGCCGUUCCCACGCUCGCCAAGACUACAGAAGAAGAAAACCAAAGCUGGGAGGCCCUCCCAGGUAAACAAGACUGUGGAGCAGCUGUCCACACAGUUAGAGGAGCUCGAGGCAGAGAGAUCCAAGACUGAAGCCCACAUCCAGUCUCUGAAAAAGCGCAACACAGAUCUCUCCAGGACCACAGAGACGAUGAAGCAGCAAGUCCGUGAGCACUAUGAGAAAAUGCGGGCCGUCCUGAAGCAGGAUGAGCACACCGUCUUGGACUCUCUGGAGCUGGACCUGAGACGAACCAGAACCAAACUGGACCAGGUUAUUAAGACCUGGAAGCAGCACCAGGACCAGGUCACCAAGAGCAUCAGCAGCAUCCAGAAAGAGUGGAGCAAGGGCUCCACAGCAGAGGAAGAAGGGGAGGGUCAGUCUGAGAAUCUGAGUCCUAAGAAGCCAGACGCCUCUGAAAGGGAAAUCAGACUGAAUGAAGAGAGAUUUCAGAGGGUACUUAAAACAUUAUUCUCCAUCUCCAAAAACCUGAAAGCCCAGCUGCAGAGGAAGACCCUGCUGUUAGAUUCAUCCCCUGUGAUGAUUGACAGGCAGACGUGCCACAGACAGAUCACAGUGACCUCAGAGGGACGGUGCAUGUCCUUCUCAGGCUCUGACCACUCAGCUCCAGAGCAUCCUCUGCAGUUUGAUAAAGUGUGCUGUGCUCUGGGUUCAUCUCCAGUCACAGCAGGUCAGAGUUACUGGGAGGUCGACGUACGCUGCUGCUCCGCCUGGGCUGUGGGCUUAGCCUACACCAGCCUGCAGAGGAAGGGCCUGGACAAGGGCACAAAACUGGGCCGGAACAGGAACUCGUGGUGCGUGGAGCUCCGGAACAGCAUUCUGUCUGCCUGGCACAACGACCGAUAUAUGGCAUGUCAGGGCGCCAGGCAAACGCCGCUUGGAAAGGUGGGGGUGUGGGUCAAUUAUGACAAGGGUCAGGUGAUGUUUUAUGACGCAGACACCAUGGCUGUCCUGCAGAAGUUCUCAGCAGCCGUGACACCGGUGUUCGACAGGGCUCACCACCAGUUCACCGAGCCUCUGUACCCCGCUGUGCGCUUCCUGAGACCACAACAGAACCAGAUGUGGCCAAGCCACAUGGAGCUUUGUCACCUCAACAAUCUGUGAUGUUCUCGGGCUACUUCAGAGAGCUUGUGUCAUCAGGACACACUGGACAGUGAUGUGGACUCUUACUCAUGAUAAUUUGUGUAGUCAUUUCUGGCAUGGCAACAUGACAAGCAAGACAAGCAGUGCUUGACCAUCCAUCCAGCCAUCAGCUUACGCUUAUCCAAGCAGAGAUUAGGCGAAGGAGAGGAUGCGCAGUGCACUGGUUGGCAGUCUAUCGCAGCGACAUACAGAAACAAACAACCAUCUGUGCUCCCAUUCACCCCAUUUGGAAAUGUUGACUUGCAUGUCUUUGGACUCUGAUUUAGGAUGUAUUGUGGAGCAGCUUUUAAUACAUAGAUAUAUUCAAGAGACAUAUUUACAGUUAACCAUGUAACAUAAUAACCACAACUUUUGAUUAUAUUAUGCUUUUUAGUCAUUUUAUUACUCUUUUCUUUUCUGUUUAGAGUGUAGGCUUUUUAGUGCAGGAUCUGCAGUGAAUUAAGAAGUAUACGACAGCAUGUUGAGGCAGGAAACAAAGGGUUUUGAAAUUAUUUUUUGGUUUUUGAUAUUUUAGCUUUUACUUACUCUAUUGCAUUUAAUAUCUUUACUGUCAGUUCAAAGGACAAACUCUGAUCCCUCUUCAGCCAGGAGGGAGUGGAAGACAGGAAAAAAACAGGCGGCACAGAUUUUGAGACAUUUUCUUCUACUACUACUACUACUAAUGUACCACUUACUAGGGGCGGCGGUCAGUUUAUCAUGGUAUAUGAAAACAAACUAACCUGAAGUCAAUGUCCAGUAGCAGACUCUUCAUCGGCUCAUGUUUCUGCUCCAGGUUUCGCAGCUUGAUCAGCUCCUGGAGUCUGACACAAAUACCAACAAUCAUGAAUAAAGUGUUUUCAAAUCUGACCACUUUAACCAAUCCUGUAACUGUAUUUUAUGAUCAUUGCCAGCAGCUGUAAGCUUUGAUAAUAAUCAAUGAUUUAAAAAAAUGAUAAUUUAAUUUCAACAAAUAAAGUAGAACAUUGUCUCCUUGACAGUCCCCAUCAUCAGGAGAUAGGGUGCAAACAUUUAAAAGCUCCAAAAUUGACAUUAAUGUCCAAUGUUCUUUAAAACAGGCUGAGUUACUAUAAGUUAAACAGACAUCCCCCUCACCUGGGUGUGCCCACACACAGGACCUUCCUGUAGCCCAGACCAGCUAAGGUGUCCAGCAGGAAGUUAGUGCUGCGGUCGGCGAACAGGUACUGGGCGUUGCUCUUCUUGUUGUCCAGGGGACGCAGCAGCACGCUGGGCCUCCCCAGCUGUGCCACGGUGACGGCCGUGCAUCUGUGAGAGGAGUGGGCAUCACGCUCGCCUGGCAGGGGCAGAAGCUGACAGUCCUGACAGAACUUCUUCUCGUCAGCCGGGAGGGAGGCAAACUUCCUGAACCUGUGGGACAAAUUGAAAAUAAAAAAGCUCACUUUC